CACGGCAGCCGCAGCCUUCAAGAUAGGCGUCGCUGUGACUGAUCCAAUUAAAAAAUAUGCCACCGCAGAAAUUGCCAGAAUUGGUAAAAUGUAAAAAUAUGUAGUGAGAACACAUCGAGUCUCUGUACUUACGUUGCGAUUCGGACUGACAGCGAUGAUGUAUCUUCUUUCAGCCCCGCAAAGCGUUGAGACACUCCAGUUAGGCCACACCGAAAUACGUAGAAAAUUUUAUCUGAAUAGCCCGCUGAAUAGCUACACUUAGUCAUCGCAGCAUUUGGACAACCAUUCCACAUCUGGAUCGAAAUUUCGUAUCAGGUUGUUGGCCCUGUACCAUGCAUUCCCUCCCGGAUUCGGUCGAUGCAGAUGUACAACCCCAUUAAUUACCGAAAAUGCAGCAGGCAUUAGAUGCAGAUGGGUUUGAAAGUCCUAUUCAAAACUGGGGCGGCAAAUUCAAAAGUUUACGCACGACGAGCUAUUUAUCGGAUAUAAAAUGAUGCAACAAAGUGCCAGAUGGUGUGGUAUCUAUAAUGAUAUUCAUAAAGAUGCGACGAGAAAACAGGUCUUUUCGACAUCCGGCUUUCACAAGUUUGUUGUUGUUUGUGUCUUUUUUUUUCAAUAGUUUUCUUCAUUCCUACACCGAAGAGAGGCGGCCAUUCUGGAAUUUACUCAGCGAAGCCGAUUGGUUAAAAUUUCAGCAUAAACAGGCUAAAAGCGGUGAACAACCAAACAGAGAAGGGGUCAGUGGCUUUUUGCAAUGAAAAACACCCUAACGACCAAUGCAAUAAAAAGACUCAUCGAAUACGUACGGCCACCAGUUGGAUCCCCGACUCUCGCGACAAACUUCGCUUCUCACUAUGCGUCUUUCUUUGGCAAUAGUAAUGUUUCUCUUCAUCGUUGGUUUGCAUGCCCAUUCAUUUCCCGAAGUGGCUGAUCGUAUUAACAUGAUAAAUGCCAACAGAGAUCUAGUUUCGGCUGGGGAAUUUCCGUACAUGUCUAUUUUGCUGCUAAAUGGCGAUUUAUGUGAAGGAACUUUAGUUGGACCUUCCCACAUCUUGACUGCAGCUCAAUGUUUAUUCGGUCGUAAUAAAACGGAUGCCAUCAACUUCAAAGUUUUAUUAAACACGCUCACAACGGAUGGCGGCAAUGGAGUCGUCCGUGUAGGAGUAAUGAACUUUAUAGUUCAUGAAAAUUUCAACCCAAAUACCAAGGACAAUGACGUGGCGCUAUUAGUCUUACAAUCGCCAGUUACAGGUGUACCCACUGUCACCCUUCCAGAUAUACCGCAACCGACUACAACACAACCGACCGCAAAACCGACUACAACAACUACUAAAACAACAACGAAAUCAACAACGAAGUUCAUGACGACCGAAAAGCCCACAACAGCUAAAGCAACUACAAACCCAACCACAAAAACGACAACGACAAAUAAACCGACAACACAAACCACCAAAACAACAACUACGACCAAAAACCCGACGACGAAUCCGACGACAAACAAACCAACAACACAAACCCCCAAAAUGUCAUCUAUGACCCAAAACACAACAACUAAAACAACAACUACGACUAAAAAUCCGACGACAAAUCCGACAACGUCAAACAAACCAACAACACAAACAACCAAAACGACAACUACGACGCCAAACCCAACAACACAAACAACCCGAAUGACAACUAAAACAACAACUACGACUAAAAAUCCGACGACAAAUCCGACAACGACAAACAAACAAACAACACAAACAACCAAAAUGACAACUACGACCCAAAACGCAACAACAAAACCAACAACAAUAACGACCAAAUUAACGACAGAAUUUACCACAAAAUCCACAACAACUAAUAUAAAAAAGAAAUCCGUGCAAAUAACCUCUAAAUCUAUGUUUAAUCGGGCUUUCAGUACUUAUGCCAACAGCUCGGCCGUACUCACUGGAUGGGGAACAACAAUCUCUCCAGGAGGAAGUAUUUCAAAUACAUUGCUAAAAGCUAACGUUGUAGUGCGGGACAACGCGAUCUGCACCAGUCAAUAUCCUGCUUUUGUCGGCAACCAUAUGUUGUGCGCCUCGUUUACAGGAUCAGUAAACCCGUCAACAAAGACCCCAGUUUCUACAUCGAAAACCCCUCUAUCAUCGACACCAUCAAUGCCGCCAACCAAACCAACAACGGCCAAACCCCUGUGUUCACCAGCACUCUCGGACUGGGAGUCUGAAUUAGUGCCACUUGACUAUUUCUUCAGUGGAACUGGAAGGGAACAGAUGAGGAUAACCACUUGCAAGCAGGGUAUCGACAUUGGCGGUCCGCUUUUCGUCGAUGGAGUUCAAGUUGGUAUAAAUUCCGUUGGCUAUAAUAUUGAUUGUGCUGAUCCUAGUUAUACAGGCGUAUACACGCGAGUCACCACUUACCUUGACUGGAUUGCAACUAAGAUGGCCAACAAUAUGUAAAAAGGUGAAUUAAAGGCACUUCUUCGUCACUAGUAUAGCUCCGUCACUAGUCUUAGCCAACAGCCUGCACAUUUUUAUUUGUUGUGAAAUUGGUUAUUUUAUCCGCCUCUCUUUUUUAUCAUCUAGUUUGCAUAUAUUUUAGGGUUUCAUGUGUGUUGGGUGUAAUCAAUUAAAUUGCGUAAUGGAAGUGCAUAAUACAAAUCUUUAUUGAGCAAAU